GAUAAGAGUUGUUAAUACUCCCACCCACAAGAGGGCAGUGGCGAGUAGUGUUACUGCCUGUAAGCUGCACUUAUUGUUUUGUUUAGACAGUUGAGUUCAUGGGUAGAAGAAGAAGAUAACUACCUCUAUAUGUUAAUGUUUUUACCUACCUCUGCUGCAGUCAUUAAAAAAUAUGAACGUUAAUGGAGACCCAGUUUCUAUAGUGUAUUAGAAACAUCACAUGGUACCAGGAGUGGUCCGAAAGCAGAAGUCAUGGAAAGUGUGAAGCCGCCUGACGCUGUGAACUGGACUGGAAACGUCGACUGCGAGUGGAGGACGUUCAAGCAACGUUUUAUGCUGUACCUGCAAGCUAUCGGGCUAGAUAGCAAACCAGACGCACGGAAAAUAGCACUGCUUCUUACCGUCGCGGGUCCUCAAGCGGUGGAGGUAUUCAAUACGUUUGUGUACGCUGACGGAGAAGAUAAGGACAAGUUUGACACAGUUGUGCAGAAGUUUGAUGAACACUGUUCACCGAAGAAAAAUGAAACAUUUGAACGCUAUGUGUUUCGUUCACGCAUGCAGCAGCCCGGUGAGAGCUUUGAUGCUUUUUUGACGGAUUUGAAACUUAAAGCUAAAACGUGCAACUUCGGAAUGCUACAAGAUUCACUGAUUCGUGAUCAGCUUGUAUUCGGAAUUGAUGACAAGAAAGUGAGAGAGAGGUUGUUAAGAGAGACUGAACUUACCUUAGCUGGGGCUGUGAAAAUAUGCCACGCUAGUGAAUUAGCCCUGCAGCAUGCAAAAACUUUCAGCAAUGGUGUAAGGGGAACAGACAAAAGCAGCGCAGCGGUCGCCACAGUGUCUACUAGGCCACAGCAACAGAGAACAGGGCAGGCUAAACGCCACAAGGACUCAGAGACUUUUACCUGUAAAAGAUGUGGCACUCGACACGCACCAAAACAAUGCCCGGCAUAUGGCAAAGUGUGCAACAAGUGUAAAGGACAGAAUCACUUUGCAAAGCAGUGUUUUUCGAAAGGGAAACGGGGCAGAGGUGAACAUGUGCACACUGUGGAAGAAACUGCUCUAUCCGACACAUUCUUCGUGGGCAUGGUCAAGCAGGAAGACUUCAAACCUAAAGAGACUGAACAGUCAAAUGUGAACAAAGUGGAGCAGGACAAGUGGACUGUGCCCCUACAUGUAAAUGGAGCUGUCAUUCCUCUUAAGCUCGACACAGGAGCAAAGGCUAAUUUGAUGAGUGAGCUGGACAUCAGAGCCAUGAAGAUAAAGCCACACAUUCAUCCACACACUAGUUCACUCAAAGCCUACAACGGACAGCCCAUCAACACCAAAGGCAAGUGCAGACUCAAGGUGAAAGUUAAAGGGAAAGAACACAACCUCAUGUUUGUAGUUGUUCCAGAUGGACAUGACUCACUGCUAGGUGAUGAUGCAUGUGACAAACUAGGCUUAGUCAAGAGGGUCUACUGCAUCAACACAAACCUACAGAAGAGCAUAGAGUCAGUGGUGGAUCAGUAUCCAGACAUAUUCAAAGGGUUUGGUGUUUUACCUUUCACCUACAAAAUACAGCUAAAAGAUGAUGCACAGCCUGUUGUCCAUGCUCCAAGGCGGGUUCCAGCACCGCUACGAGAUAAACUGAAGCAGGAACUUGACCGAAUGACAUCACUGGGAGUCAUAAAAAAGGUGGAGGAGCCCACAGAGUGGGUGAAUUCGAUGGUGUGCGUCAAAAAGCAGACAGGAGACUUACGUGUGUGUAUGGAUCCUAAAGACCUGAAUGCCAACAUAAAGAGAGAACACUACCAGAUUCCUACCAGAGAUGAAAUAACAAGUGAGAUGGUUGGUGCUAAGUUCUUCAGUAAGUUGGAUGCAUCCCAGGGAUUUUGGCAGAUGAAACUGCAUGAAGAUAGCACAAAGUACUGCACAUUCAAUACGCCUUUUGGCCGCUACUCUUUCCAAAGGAUGCCUUUUGGAAUCUCAUCUGCUCCGGAAGUGUUCCACCGGACCAUGGAGCACAUCAUAGAAGGCAUUGAAGGGGUACGGGUGUACGUGGAUGACAUUGUGCUAUGGGGAUCCACACUGGAGCAGCACAAUGAGAGGCUCAUCAAAGUGCUAAAGAGAAUCCAGGAAUAUGGACUAAAACUGAACAGAGCAAAAUGUCAGUUUGGUGUGAACGAAAUCACCUUUCUGGGUGAUAAACUGUCUGGGGCAGGUGUUGAGCCAGAUAAAAGUAAAGUGAAAGCAAUAAUGGAGAUGCCACGGCCCGAAGAUAAAAAAGGUGUGUUGAGAGUGCUGGGAAUGAUUAACUUCAUUGGAAAAUUCAUACCCAACCUGUCCUCAAAAACAGUGCACCUGAGACAGCUGUUGCAUGACAAGCAGGAGUUCAAGUGGACUGAUGACCAUGAGCAGGAAUGGGCACGACUGAAAACCACUCUCACAACAGAACCAGUGCUGAUGUUCUUUGACCCAUCAAAAAAAACAAAGAUCUCCACAGAUUCAUCAAAAAACGGCAUUGGAGCUGUGUUACUACAGUCUGACAAUGAGGAUUGGAGACCAGUUGCAUAUGCGUCAAGAACAAUGACCACGGCAGAAUGUCGGUAUGCACAAAUUGAAAAAGAGUGCCUGGGACUAGUAUAUGGAUUUGAGAAAUUCCACUGCUAUGUCUACGGCCUGCCGACAUUCUUGGCAGAGACAGACCACAAGCCGUUAAUAGCCAUCAUCAAGAAAAACCUCAGUGAGAUGUCACCACGAAUCCAAAGACUGAUGAUGAAGCUACAACGCUAUGAUUUUGAGCUGAUCUACACACCAGGUAAGCACAUUGUGCUUGCGGAUGCUCUGUCCAGAGCAACAACACUGUGUGAAGCACCUAGAGAGAGCUCAACAGAGACUGAGGUGUAUCUCCAUGUGAACUUGAUAACAGAGUCACUACCUGUGUCUGACAUGAAAUCCAAGCAGAUUGCUGCUGAAACAGAGAAAGACACGGUGUUACAGAGAGUCAUUAAAAAUCUGAAUGAGGGUUGGUCGAGAGGCGACUGUCAACAGUAUUACAACAUCAGAGCAGAGCUGAGUGUUGUUAACGGCCUUCUACUUAGAAAGGACAGAAUCGUCAUCCCUCAGUCACUGAGACCAGAGAUACUGGAAAGGCUGCAUGAGGGGCACCUCGGUAUGGAGAAAUGUAAGAGGAGGGCCAGAAUGGCAGUUUACUGGCCAGGAAUUAAUGCAGACAUUGACAGGGUGGUUGCAAGCUGUGAGACCUGUUUGAAGCAUCAAACAAAACAGCCAAAGGAGCCUAUGACAAUCACAGACCUUCCAGAGGAGCCAUGGCAGAAAGUUGGAACUGACCUGUUUCACUUGGAUGGAAAGAACUACUUGCUGGUGAUUGACUAUUUCUCAAACUAUCCAGAGAUGGCGCUCCUUCCCAGCAUGUCUGCUACCUGUGUGAUCACACACAUGAAGUCAGUCUUUGCAAGACAUGGCAUUCCCCAGAUUGUCUACAGUGACAAUGGACCAUGUUACAGCUGCAAAGAAUUCCAGAGCUUCGCUGAAAAGUAUGACUUUCAGCAUGUGACUUCAAGCCCCCUUCAUGCCCAGUCUAACGGCAAAGCAGAGAAAGGAGUUCACAUUGUUAAACAACUGCUCAAGAAAGCAAAAGACAGUGGCUCAGAUCCAUAUCUGGCCCUGUUAAACUAUCGAGCUUCGCCUCUGGAACAUGGCAUGUCUCCUGCUGAGCUUCUGAUGGGACGUAGGCUACGUACCACCCUUCCCUACAUUGCAAAACAAAAGUGUCACAAAGAGGUGAGACAGAAACAAAAACAUCUACAAAAGAGACAAAAAAUAAACUAUGACAAGGCAUCAAGAAGCCUGGCGCCACUGGCAAGACAUGACACAGUAAGACUCGAGGAUUCCAACACCUGGAGCAAAAAGGCCACUGUUCUGGAGGAAGUAAGUCCAAGAUCCUACACCGUCAGAACGGCGGAUGGUCAAAUCCUGCGGAGGAAUCGUAGGAGUUUGCUGAAAACAAGAGAGACACUCCAAGAACAGACAACAGAAGAAAAUCAAGCCAGCACUGCAUCAGCUGAGCCACCAUCAGUGCCAAAUGACACCACAUCAGCUGAGCAGACCACCUCACCUGUACUGCGAAGGUCUACACGCAACAUCAAAGCACCUGACAGACUGAACCUUUGAGCAAAACAUUCAACUGCAUUGACAUUAUUGCACUUAAGAAACAGGAAAAUGUUUGUUGUUACUGUUUUGUUUAUUUUGUCAAAAAAAAAAAAAAUCAGCAAGAGAAGGAAAUUUGUGUUUAAAAAAAAAAAAAAGA